UUACUAAUAAAAAGGCCAUAAAGAGUUCUUUUUAUCUAGGAUUGGAUCGGAUCUAUCUCUGAAUCCGAUCAAGGUGGAGCCACACACACACACACACAUACGGCGAAAGGGAGGUCUUGAUUGUGUAUCGGAUCCCGCCGGAGUAUGGACGUGACCGCCGCCGCAGGUAAGCCGUUGACCGCGGAAGAGGAGGCGCUUAGGAGAAGCACCGACUGCAUCUACUUCCUUGCCUCCCCGGUCACAUGCAAAAAGGGAGUAGAAUGUGAGUUUCGCCACAGUGAUGGUGCCAGGCUUAACCCUCGGGAUUGUUGGUAUUGGUUGAAUGGGAGCUGCUUAAACUCUAAAUGUUCUUUCAGACAUCCGCCACUAGAUGGCCUCUAUGGAAAUCCAGGAACACCUGGGCCAGCGGCACCAGCUUUGCAAAGUGCAGCAGCAUCUACGCAAGGCCCAGCACCCACUACUGCGACGUAUAAUGUAAAUAAACAGAAUGUUCCUUGUUAUUAUUUCCAAAAGGGACUCUGUCUGAAAGGGGACUGGUGCCCUUUCACCCAUGGGCCAAAGCCAACUGAUAUUUCAACCAUGCAACAAGUAGCAAAGGUUUCUACAUCCACCAACGAUCCAUCUCGCACACUGCAGGCACUCAGGGGCUCCCCUUUGAAGGAGUGGACUGCUCAGCAGAAUGUAUCAAAAAUAAAUGUUGAUAUGCCAGCUGAAGGACUACGUCUUUCAACAAAUCGUGUUGCUAGAGCUGAAACGGCUGUAAAUAAUGGUCAGGCAGGUUUGAAACACUUGCCAUAUCAACCACCAAAAGGUGUGCACCCAAGACCACAGCAGACUAAGGGUCCUCUCAGCGGGGGUGUUGAUCUUCAGAGGCCUCCAAAUCGCCAGUCUCAGCCAGGCACUGAACAGCUCCAGAUUUACCGAAAAGCUGAUGAUCAGUUGUUGGGGGGCCUUUCUGGUUCUGAUGCUCUCGCAGAUGAAGCUAAUCAUGGAAGACCACUGCUUCAAAGCAGAAGGAAUUUGGUCCACACAGAUGAUUUAGAUUACCAGCACCAGGACUGUGAAAGUGAUCAGUCUCACAGGUUGAGUGAUUGUGACCGUAAUGAGCAGGUAUCCAACCAGUUUGGUAGGGGCAAAAGGAGCUCUGCUGAAAUGUUUGUUGGUCAAAGAAGUUGUGUUCGUGAAGGAAAACUACCGCUAAGAAGUGGAAGCAGUGAUGAGGUGGAUGGGUCUGAUUUGCGUCUUCGGUUAAUGAAGCAAAGAAGACUGAAUGGUUCAAGCUCUGGUUUACACCCUGAUCGUCGUGGUGAAACCUCUAGGAGGAAUGACUGCAAUGCUGAAGAAAGAAAUCAGCGUCGUGACUCUCAAAGGGAUCGACAGGAUAACCAUCAGGAAGGCUCCAUAAGAAAUCGUCUACAAGGGAGAAUAUCGGCUUCGAGGAGAUUGUCACCAGAUAGGCCUGCUGAUAUACAGCCUGAGAGGGAAAGUGACUGGAGAAGGUCCCAGGGCAGAGUGUCACCGGGGAGGCCAAUGAGCCAUCGGGGGAGGCUCUCAGAAAGGAUAAAAUGGAAACCAGAUGAAGUUAGGUCUGCAGAUAUUUGGAGUUCUGGUGGCAAAUCGAUUCUGAUAGAAGAUGCGGAACAGUUAAACUUUGCUGGUCCAAAGAGUCUUGCAGAACUGAAAGGUUUAAAGGAUGCUGAGAGCUGUUUAAGUUCAGGGGAGCAUAAAGGCAGAGUGUUAAAGAAGCAAGUUGGCCACCAGGAACCUGAAGCUUCUUUUUCAUUUGAAGGUCCAAAGCCUCUGAGUACCAUUCUGAAGCAGAAAAGAGGAGUGGCUUCGACAAUCAGUAGAGAUGAAGAGGGUGAUAAUAAUGUUAAUCCUGCCUUGUCAUUGUCAGUGUUAAGUAACAUGCAAUCCAUUCCUCUGGACUUGGAUGAUGAAGAAGAAGAGGGUCAAAUACGCGCAGAGGAUGAGGAACUGCCUAAUGAUCAAGAUUCAUGUAGAGAAGAAGAAGAGGAGGAGGAAGAAGAAGACAUUGCUGAUAUGGUGGACAGUGUGGUUGUAGAUAAUAUGGAAAACCAAAUCCCGAGGAAAUCUGAACAUAAAGAUGAAGAAGAGUCUGAGUUUGAACCAGUUGAUGCUGGAGACUCAAAACAAGAAGACGAAGGUGAGAACACUACUUUUCAGGAUGAUAUUGAAGAUGUUCAUGAAGAUGAUGAUGAAGAGGAUGAAGAUGACUUUGCUAGGAAGGUCGGCCUUUUGUUCUCUUGAAUAUUUGUAUUUGUUUGAUGAUCAUCUUUUUUUUUUUUCUCAUUUAUUUAUUUUUGUUGCUGUAAACUAAGAAGCAAACAAGUCUAAGUCUACCAUUGUAUGGUUUUCACGUUUCUAUAAAUUCCAAGUUUUUAUUUAAA